AGGACCCUUCCCUUGUGACAUCUGUGGUCAUCAGUUUAAUGACACGGGCAACCGCAAGCCUCACAUAGAGUGCACACACGGGGGGAAGAGGAAGUGGACCUGCAUUCUGUGUGGCAGAUCAGUUCGAGAGAGGACAACCCUCAGGGCGCAUCUAAGGGAUCCAUAGCGGGGAAAAACCUCACCUGUGCAGCAUCUGUGGACUGAGUUUCGGUCAUGGAAGCUCCUACAGGUCUGCUUCACCUCCGUGUUCUUCAUGAGGACAAGCGCUAUGAAUGUGACGAAUGCGGCAAAACGUUCAUCCGCCACGAUCAUCUCAAGAAACACAAAAAAAUCCACACCGGGGAGAGAGCGCACCAGUGUGAAGAGUGUGGAAAAUGCUUCCGACGUGCCGAUCACCUGACUGUCCAUUAUAAAAGCAUUCAUCUGGGAGAGAAGAUCUGGCGAAGAUAUAAAGCAGUGGUGCAUCAGUGUCAGGUGUCCAAGAAAGAGUUCAGGGGAAGACCAACCUUAUGUCGCAUUUCAGAACACAUUCUGAGCCCACCACAACACACCGAAGACCGUGCUGCAUGGUGUGGCGGCUGACGUUUGUGUUCCCGUGACCCUCGUCCCCGUACAGAUGACUGAGGGAAACGUUUGUGUAGAAAACGAGAGCAGUCUUACCUGGGAACGCUCCUGGGACUGGACUCGGCUACAGCUGUGCAAAACAUGUGUAGUGCUGAACAUAUGCAUUAAUUCAGCACAUGAAGUCAUCAGUCUUUGUGCUGUUCUUAAAAUGAUGCAUGUUGCUCUGAAUUAGUUUUUGUAAUUCAAAGCAAAGAAAUGGUGGAAGGUCAUGAAGGGGAAUACAGAAUAUUCAUUUUAAAAGUAUUGCAUUAGUAUCAUGAAAUUAUGACUUAUCUUUUAUUGUAUAUUGAAUGUAUGUGUGUGUAUAUUUCUGCUAAUUCGAUCCAUAACCCGUGUGUCUGUGUUCAUAUAGGUGACAUGGAAAUAACCUGCGGUCGGUGUGUGAAUGAAUAAUAGUUUCUGAAUUUACCAGCCCAGACCAAAGUUUGCUUGUGUUUCUGUAAAUAAAGCACCCUGGAGCACUGAGUUCAGGAAGUUAUUUCA